ACCAAAUAGCAUCAUGGCCUCUUGCACCAGAAGCACACACCCUGUGCCUCGGCACUACUCUUUCGGGCUUUGGCUUACGAGCUUUCUUUUGUUCACGGCGGCAACAACGCCGACGACGAAGGGGUGCGUAGAGGGCGAGAGGGACGCCCUCCUCGACUUCAAAACCGGUCUCCUCGGGGGUCCUUCCAGCCGCUUGUCAUCGUGGCGAGGUCGAGUAGACUGCUGCAGAUGGAGCGGGGUGGUCUGUGACAACAGAACCGGCCAUGUCGUGGAGCUUAACCUCAAUCCAGACUAUCUAAACAAUGAGACGUCUAUCGGAGGUGAGAUCAGACCAUCCUUGCUCCUGCUAACUCAUUUGGAGCGUCUCAACCUCAGCCACAAUGACUUCGGUGGGAUCCAAAUCCCGAAAUUUUUGGGUUCCCUUACCGAGUUGACGUAUCUCGACCUCUCCUGGUCCAACUUCAGCGGAGCCAUUCCGCCCCAGCUGGGCAACCUGUCCACCCUCCGCUCUCUCAACCUAAAUUCACUAUAUGACUUAACGAUCGAUGGCCUGCACUGGCUCUCGCGUCUCACUUCCUUGAGAUACCUCGACAUGAGCGGUGUGAAACUUUCCAUGGCCUCCCACAAUUGGCUUCAAGCGGUGAACAUGUUGUCCUCACUGGAGGAGCUACAUUUACAUGACUGUGGCCUCACCGACCUCCCCUCUUCUCUUUCCCAUGUCAACCUCACAGCACUGGCCACUCUGGACAUCAGUGACAACCUCUUCAACUCCACCAUCCCCAACUGGCUAUGGAAACUCCACAACCUCUCCUAUCUUGAUCUCAGUUCUUCUAUGUUUCAUGGUGCCAUGCCCGCUGGGAUUGGAAAUUUGGCCGAUCUAAGAGAACUUCAUCUGAGUGAUAAUUCACUUUCAGGUCCCAUACCCACUGAGAUUGGAAUUUGUAAUAGUCUAAAACUUAUCUAUCUAAGUUAUAAUUCACUCUUUGGACCCAUACCUGCUGAGAUUGGGAAUUUGACUAGUCUAAGAGAGCUUUAUCUUGAUCAUAAUUCACUCUUCGGAGUCAUACCUGCUGGGAUUGGGAAGUUGACUAGUCUAGGAGUGCUUUAUCUUAAUGAUAAUUCACUCUUUGGACCCAUACCUGUUGGGAUUGGGAAUUUGACCGGUCUAGGAGAGCUUUAUCUUAACGAUAAUUCACUUUCAGGUCCCGUACCCAUUGAGAUCGGCAAGCUUUCCAACCUCACUAUUCUUUCUCUCUCUAGUAAUUCCCUAGAGGGCACCAUGUCUGAACUCCAUUUCGCUAACUUAACCAAACUAAGUGAGCUCGAUCUAUUCGAAAACUCCCUAGUCAUCUCAAUAGACCACAAUUGGGUUCCUCCUUUUCAACUCCGAUCCAUUAAACUGAGUUCUUGUAAGUUGGGUCCUGCGUUUCCAAGAUGGCUCCGUUCACAAAACUCCAUUAGAUAUUUGGAUAUGUCGAACACAAGCAUCGAGGACGUCUUGCCUGAUUGGUUUUGGAAUAACUCUGCUUCUUUUAUAAAUCUCUCCCAAAAUCAAAUUAACGGCACUUUGCCAACUUCCUUGGUUUUGCUAUCUUACUUGCGUUAUUUGAAUCUGGCUUGUAAUUCUUUAUCAGGAUCAUUGCCAUCGAUCUUUCCCACACUAGAAUUUAGAAUCUUGGAUCUCUCACGUAACCAUAUUAACGGGAGCAUACCGUCCUUUAUCUGCAACUGUCAUCGACUUGAUAUUCUCGAUCUAUCGAGCAACCAAAUAUCAGGUGAAAUCCCUUCGUGUUGGCAGGAGACAAACUACUUUUCCUCCAUUAAUCUGGCAAAUAAUAAGCUUUCGGGAGAAAUUCCCAGCUCUAUUGAAAAUUUGAUUUGGCUCGAGUCUUUCCACUUAAACAAUAAUAAACUACAUGGGCUUCUUCCAUCAUCAUUGAAAAAUUGCAGUGCACUAGUUUUUCUUGAUCUUGGCAAUAAUAAAUUCUCGGGUAGCAUACCUACAUGGAUUGCACAAAAUUUUCUAGACCUAGAGGUACUCCGACUACGCUCAAAUAUGUUUUCCGGUAACAUUCCUGCAGAGCUUGGGCAACUUGCUUAUCUACAUGUUAUCGACCUUGCUAAUAAUAAAUUAUCAGGGCCAAUUCCACACUCCUUUGGCAAUUUAAAUGCUGCAAUGACUCAUUGGAAACAGCAUUUGACUCGUCGAGACAAACAAGUAUUUUAUAGUCCCUUUGUAAAGGACCGCCCUGCUUUGUGGCCUUUUGACAACUAUGAAGAUAGCAUCGCUCUAACUAUAAAGGGAAGAUAUUAUAAUUUUUCAAUCAUUCUUUACCUUGUCAACAUUAUAGAUCUUUCAAAUAAUAAUUUGACAGGAGAAAUCCCAAUUGAAAUUGGGUCUCUUUCAAUGCUCCAAACUUUAAAUCUAUCGAGAAACAAUUUUGUCGGCCAAAUUCCGGCGGCAAUUGGUGCCAUGAAAUCAUUGGAAACUCUGGAUCUGUCAUUCAAUAAGUUAUCCGGAGGCAUUCCUCAAAGCUUUUCUGCGCUGAAUUCUCUGAACCACUUGAAUCUGUCUUACAACAAUCUAUCGGGAGCGAUUCCAUCGGGGAAUCAACUUCGGACGCUGGAGGAUGCAUCCAUUUAUAUCGGAAAUGUCCAUCUCUGUGGACCUCCGGUGACCAAGAGUUGCUCCGACGAUCCCAACGUCGAUUCGACGGAGGAGGAGUACGAACAAGGAUCUCGUGUGCUGUCAUUUUACUUUAGUACCGGGCUCGGAUAUUUGGUCGGCUUAUGGAGCGUGUUCGUGAUCAUGCUGUUCAAGAAAGAUUGGAGGCUCUUCUAUUUUGCAACGGUGGACAAGAUGUACGACAGAGCUUAUGUGGCAAUCAAGAUAAGAAUGCGAAAUUGCCAUGACGCAGCUGAUCGAAUGUGAUGCAAGUUUCUUUCGUGUUAUAAGUGUGAUCCAUUUCAUCUGUCAAAAAGGAUCUCGUUUUGAAGAUUAUGAAAUGUUAAUCUCAAACUCUGUUUCUGUUCCGAUGUAGGAGGCAUCGAGAACAACUCGUCUGGUUUGGGAAUCCUUCUUCUUCCAUCAUUGACCGCACAGAUCUCUCUCGCAUAAACAGGCACCAUCGGACGACAAAACUGCACUGAUUUAACAUUGUUAUCAGUUAUCGCUACGAGAGGUUCCUUAGCCAAGUGAUAUAAAGAUCACCAUUCUGCACA